UUUUAUAUUUUAAUGUGUUCAUAUUUAUUAUUAUUAUAAAUAAUUUAGAACUUGAUGAUUGCCUACAACUGAAACUAGUAGUUACAAUAUUUAUUUUAAGAGCAAAGAACUUUAGACUUAGUACUUGGAGUUUAUAACAGUUGUUUGGUAACUAAGGAAAAAAUAUUGAUCAAACCCUCAAAAGACUUAUAAUUUGUAAAUUAUUAUAUUUUAUUAUAAAUUUAUAUAAAUCAAAUUACGCAAUAUGAAUAUCAUAUCUCAAAAUGAAAUUGAUUUCUACAUUGAGCAUAUUAAGGAAUCGAAACUAAAUGAGCUGGGAUCGAAAAAAUGGUACGAAAGCCAUGAUCGUUUGCAAAAGCUUAACCAACAAGCUACACUGGAAGCUACUGGAAAUCGAGAAGAGUAUAUUAAGAAUCAGCUUAUUAGCUAUGGGAAAGUUCCUAUACUUGUACAUGAAGCUAUUUGUAUUUCUGUAUGGAGAGAAAAAGUACUUCCAGAAUUACUUCAUAUUAUACCAAAUCCUCAACAAAAUUUCACAUUAUACUUUAUUUUAUUUCAUGAAACUGUAGCAGUUGGAUUAUUACAAAAAAUAUUUUUUUACGAAGAUGGUGUUCAAGCACUUGGAAACUAUGCUUUAGAUCUCUUUGAUCAUAUUAUACUUUCUAUCACGCAUUUAGCCGUCGAUAGUACAAAUAAUUUUAAAAUUUCAAUGGAAAAUAUAGACACUCAACUAGAAGAUGAAAUAAUUCAACAUAAAAACAAAAUUCAAUUUGAAGUGGGAAUUGGUUGUAUUGGCAUAAUGUUUAACAUGUUACUACACAUAAAAACCUUAUCUAUAUCUGUGACAACAAGAAUGACAACCAACAAUGAUGUGCCAAUGUUAAUUUGUCAUUUAUUGAAUAUAAAACCUUGGGUGAAAUUGGACAACAAUAAAAAAUACAUAUUUGAUGAUAAUUCAUGGAAAAUAAUGAAUGAAACAAACAAUAUUUUACCUAAACAAGAAGCUCAUUUAUGGCUAAGCUUGCAUGAAUUUUUCACUUCCGAGCAAUUACGGAAUAAUUAUGAAAUUACCCAAUUUCGAAAAAAACAUCUAAUGCAGUUACAACAUUUACUUAAUGAUUGUCUAUUGGAUCAAAUUCCUCCAUUAAUACACUUAAAACAAAGCUUAUAUCAGUUGAGUCUAUCAGAAAUUUCAGGAAUAUCAAAAAGACCUCUGAUAAUGGAAAUAAAUGCUGAAAUAAGAUCUACUAUUUUAAACAGUUAUGCAAAACGAUGGAAAAAAAUUGCUAGAGCACAAUCCACCUAUUUAUUUGGUAGUGAAUCAUAUGAUAUAGCUAAAUCAUUAAGUGAAACAUAUGAACAUAUAGAUAAUUUUGAAACUAAGAAAUAUUUGUGUGCUAAUUGUAAACAACAAGCAAAAAAUAAGUGUUCAAAGUGCAAAAAACAGUGGUACUGUAGCAGAGAAUGUCAAGUAACUAAUUGGAAUGAACACAAAACCAAUUGUCAUUAAACAAUUAUCUUUUCAAAAAAAAAAAAAAAAAA